AUGGACAGGAUCGGCGCGAACAUCAUUUACGUCGAUCGUAGGGCGUCUGAGGAGCACACUGCCGACCCUGGCGUCGAUGAUGGCGUCGCAAAUAGUGGCACUCACGGUGCCGAGAUAGGACACUUGAAACAGAGUAUCAGAGUGCUGAAAGAUGCUUUUGGUGACGUCCAAGUUUGCUCAAGUAGCGCAUCCUGUCUUUCUGCCCUGUCGGCUCUGCACCAUGCCAAUACGAUCGACCAGAUCCCGACGAUAUUAUUGAUAGAUACCCCUUACGACGAGGAUGUGGUGGACCGAACUUCCCGAUCUAGGUCGCCAUCACCGCAUUCGCGACCAAUGCAGGAAAACGAGCACGAGGGCCAGAUAUCAGAUGUCGAGCUCUAUGGGUUGCGAUUACUGCAGAGGGUCGUCGCUGAAGCAGACAUGCUGAAGCUGUUGAAGCUCGUGGUACCGAUUCCCAUCAUUUCUCCGCCCAUGCUGCCCCAGGCUGGUUCCACAACUGCGUCGGCUUCGAUAGAGACAGGCGCCAUUGGGGAAACCAUGGCAUCCAGCCUCUCGCAAUCCAGACCUGAACUGGUCCGCAGAUGUCUCGAAUUUGGAGCAGUCGACGUCAUGACCAGCCCCCUUCAACAACAAAACAUUGAGAGUAUCGAGGUCCACGCGUACAAGGCUCGUCAAGCUGCGGCAAGGGAACGGGAGGCAGUUCUGCAGGUCCGGAAGAACCGAAAACGAUCCUGGGUUGGCGUGGACACAGGAGGAAAGCCAUUCGCAUAUCUUCGCGAAGCCAUGGUAUCGGGCCUGAUGAAGGGGAUAUGCAGGUUCGACGACGAGGAUGAAACCUCUCUUGGAACGUUUAGGAUAUCGGUCCCAGCAGAAAGGCAAGCGAGGAUCGCACAAGCGGUUGGCCAGUGGUAUUUUUGCGCGCACGACUUCUCAGAUGACGAGCUCGUUGUGGCCGCCUCGCUCAUGUUCAGCCAUGCUCUCUCCAUGCCAGAGUUGGAACAAUGGCGGAUCCCACCAGACCAACUCACUCAAUUCGUAAUCGCCUGCCGAGCUGCUUACAACAGCUUUGUACCGUAUCACAAUUUUCGGCACGUCGUUGACGUUUUGCAGGCCACUUUUAGCUUUCUUCUCCACACGAACACAAUCAUGCCCUACAUUUACUGCGACGCCUCGGAUGAUGCGCCCAAGUCUCCCGUGGAAGCGCUUUUGACGCCGUUCGAGGCUCUGACGUUACUUAUCACAGCCAUUGGACACGAUGUGGGACAUCCUGGCGUGAACAAUGGUUUUCUUGUCACGUUGAAUGCUCCACUUGCACAACUCUACAACGACCGCUCGGUUUUAGAAUCUUUCCAUUGUGCGGCCUUUUCCCAAAUACUUCGGAGGCAUUGGCCGUCCGCCUUUGAGGACAGGAAAAUGCGGAGUCUCAUGAUCAGUUCCAUCUUGGCAACAGACAUGGGUCUGCACUUUGACUAUAUGAAAAAGUUGGCAGACUUGAAAGAAAAGCUGUCGGCCAACGAAUCUACCGAAGGUUGGAACAGUCGCAUGGUCGAGGAACAAAAAGGUCUGGCAUGUGCCUUGCUGAUCAAGUGCGCGGACAUCUGCAAUGUGGCGCGAAAGCAUGAGACAGCAUUGCAAUGGAUGGAUAUCCUAGCCGACGAAUUUGCACGCCAGCGCUCUAUGGAGAAGGAACUUGAGAUCCAGACUUCACUCAUGGCGCCGCCUCUAACGGAGCGAGCGUCUCAGUUCAGGUCUCAGCUCAACUUCAUGAACAUGUUUGCCAUACCACUCUUCCAGGGAGUGGCCGACGUACUACCUAACAUGAGAUACUGUGUUGCCGAGCUCACAACCAACUCGGAACUCUUCCAGCAGAAGAUUGCAGAUGCUUUGGCGAAUAAGCAUGCAGAGCGCCGGACCAGCCGCCAGGAUGCUCCUCACCACAACACACCCGCGAAACCAAGCACCGGGUCUUCCCAGACCGUCGACCAAAUAGCCAGGUCGGCAAGCACUCCGGAAUUGCGGGGUGGUUACAAGGCGGUAAAUGGCAUAGGUCCUCAUUUUGAACCUGUCAAAGAAAUAGCUACGGGCGAUGAUGGACCUACCGGACCGGAACGGCAACGUGGCAGUGAGACAACCGAAGGAGGUAGUUUUGCGCAUACGAACGGUGACUGUGCCAGCAGUGCCACGACUGGCAAGAUGCCCCUCUCGCCUAGCACGAAAGGAACAAGCGUGGUUAGCCAGGAAUCAAUGGAGCGACCCAAAAGCAACCCCAUCCCGAUGAUUUCAGCGCCAGAUUCUGCAAAAAGCAUGACCGAGCCGAAGAUGGAUGGUCAACCUAUUUUCGAAGUGGAGACAGCAAGCACUCUCAAGUCGACCGACGACAGGUCCGUGAAAAAGAGACCAAGUCGCUUCCGGAUGAACGCCUUUCAGUUUUUCAGGAGACACAAGUCUCCUGGCCCUGCCACAGAAGCCCCUUGA